AUGCCGGAGCAGUCGCCAGCGCCCUGUACAUCAGCUGGUGCUUUGCCGGAAGAGUGUGCGCGCAAAAAAGAGCCUGAAAAAAUGGGAUACGACGAGGAGGACUGCUCCUACCUGCUUCGAGCUCUCGAGGAUGAUGCCUUUUCCACUGUUGUUUCGGCGUUUCGUGCGCAGGGGAUGCUCAGUGCUUACAAGGAGACAUUACUUGAGCAUCUCAAAGCAGCUUUGUUCUUAAAUCCCUCGUAUGAUACGUAUGCGCAGUGGGGGCAGGAAGGCGAUGAGCAAGUACCUCAUUAUGCCUACGAUGUACGUUUUUUCUUAUUUAACGCUGUUGCUUUCCUGCUUGGUGAUAAACUUACAGAGGAUCGGAAAAUUCCUUUUCGCGAAGAAAAUGCCGAAAUGAAUGCUGCGAAUAAUUUGUUAGAACUGGCCAAUGCUCACAAUGCGAGGCUUCGUGAUGAACAUGCUAAGCUGUGUCACAUGGUUGCUCUUCCUAAAGUCCCAUACGUGCCCGAAAGAUUGCGCUUGUUGCUGCGUGAAUCAGAAGACACGCGCGCUGAGCACGUUGAUUUGCGAUUGUGUGAGAGUGGGGGGCGAGCAAACGGCGUCGAAACUGCCCAGGAAAAGUGGAGUGACACGGAGGACGACAAGGAAAUACCUACUUAUUCGAGAAUUCGUAAAAAAGAAAACCGUGCGACGACCCCUCGAUCAGUUCGUUUUUCUCUUCACACUCAGCGAGUCAGUGUUCCACAACAACAACAACAGCAGCAGCAGCAGCAACAACAACAACAACAAAAACAGUCAGCGAGAGCAGUUGGCCAGGCCGAGGAAUCAUGUGCUUCCGGUCUGCAUCGGCGAAUGGUUACAACACAUAAUGAUGGCGUAGUGCCCUCUACAAGCGCAACACAUCUUGAAUUGGCUACGACGAGCUGCCCGUCUUCGAGCUCCUCAUCACUUCCUUUCCUCAGUCCAUCUGAUCAAACUGCCUCUGCAUUACAGUCUUUUGUAACA